AUGGACACAAUUCAACCGAUAGAAUUGACUCGCGCUCUCUCAAAACGGCCUUACGUACCGCAAGAACCAUUGACAUGCGGCCAAAAAGUUAAGCGAUGGUUCAAAAAAUACUUCCUGGAAGGACAGCACUUGGAAGAGGAAGCCGAGGCCGAAUUGCAAAAACUACCAGAAAAUCCAACGUGGGAGGAUCUGAUCUUCAUCAAGUACCGGAAGUUCGUGGCCAUGCUCAUCCCGUUCACUCUCAUGCAGACUGUCUGGUGGAUGGUUGCUAUUCGACAAAACUUUUUCCAAUGGUAUCCGGACUACUGGCAUAUGCCCGUUACGAUGAUCCUUGGCUCGUUUGUUGGAGGGAUGACAUCAGAAGGAAGUGGAGCUGUAGCGUUCCCGGUCAUGACGUUAGCCCUUCACAUUGCCCCAUCGAUAGCCAGGGACUUUUCGCUCAUGAUCCAAUCAUGUGGCAUGACAUCGGCACUGAUGUGUGUGAUGUUCAUGAAGGUAAAGAUCGAAACCCGCGCUGUGAUACUCGGUACACUUGGAGCUAUUCCCGGCUUUAUAAUCGGAGUGCAUUUCAUUGAUCCACUAUUCACUGGACCCCAAAAGAAAAUGAUGUUUGUGGCUAUUUGGACCUCGUUCGCUAUCGCCCUGGGAAUUCUGAACUCCCAAAAAAGAACAACCUUCAAGGAGAUCCCUGAUUUCUGUGCGUGGAAGGCCGUAGUGCUGUUCGUCACUGGAUUUGUUGGAGGAGUCUUCGAUGCAUUUGCCGGUUCGGGUGUCGAUAUUUGCAUUUUCUCGAUCAUUACCCUUCUCUUCCGUGUGACUGAAAAGACAGCAACACCCACAACUGUUGUGCUCAAAGGUGUAAACGCUGUCAUUGGCUUCUUCUAUCGUGCUGCAAUGAUGGGUGAUAUCUCCCAAAUGGCUUGGACAUAUUUUGCACUGUCUAUACCAGUUUCGUCAUUCACGGGACCAGUUGGCAGCUUUCUCGGAUCACAUCUUCAUCGUCAGGUAGUCGCUGCAAUGGUAUACAUUUUGGAAGUAAUCGCUCUUAUCGGCUUCCUAUGCACCAAGCCCACAUGGCAAUUGAUUGCAGUAGGAGGAUGCAUUAUCUUUGGCGGCUUCGUGUUCUUCUCGUUCAUCUCGAAAGCCGGUCAAAAUAUAAUGAAGACCGUCGAAGAAAAACAGUUGCAAGAACGACGACAACCGAAUGUCUGA